CGGACGCUGCUGACUCCCUCUCUCCGGUGCCGCCCCCGUGCCCCGCCCGGUCCCUCCCGUGGGUGGUGGGGGCGGGUUCGGGCGGGGGCGGCAGCACCGGGAGCUGCGGGACGGGGAUGGCGGCGCCGGGGCUGGAGCGGCACCGGUUGGCGCUGCUGGCGGCGAGGGAGGAUGUGGGGAACCCCCGAGCCGGUACCGACUGGGCCGUGUUUGGCUACGAGAAGCACCAUGAGCUGAAGCUGUUGGACUCCGGAGCCGGGGGUCCGGAGGAGCUGUCCGGGAGGUUCUCGGCCGGUAGCAUCAUGUACGGACUGUGCCGUGUCCCGGAGCCCGGUACCGGCGCCCCCCGCGUGGUGCUCAUCCACUGGGUGGGGGAGAAGGUACCGGAAGCCCAACGGGAGGCGUGUGCCGGACACCUGCCGGUCCUCAGGGGCUUCUUCCGGGAGGCCAGCGCGGUGCUGAGCGCUCAGCGCCCCCAGGACCUGACACGGGAGCGGCUGAACCAGGCGCUGGCACAAGUGGAGCCCCCCGGGAACCACGUGACCAGGAGGGUGUCCCCCCCCGACACUGAGGAGCUCGUGGGCACCAACUACCGCAGGACCAACCCUGCACUGGAGCUGAACCGGACACAGCGGGACUCGUUCUGGGCACAGGCGGAGCGGGAGGAGCAGCAGCGGAAGGAGCAGGAGCGGAACCGGCUGCGGGAGGAGCAGCAGAGAUGGGAACGGCAGCGGCGGCACCGGGAGCACAGGGAGGCGGCGGAGCGGGAGCGGCGCUGCCGGGAGCGGGAGCGGGAGCUGCAGGAGCAGCGGAAGGCUCAGGCUCUGCUGGAGGCUGAGGAGCGGAGGAAGGAGAAGGAGCGAUGGGAGCAGCAGCAGAGGGAGCACGAGGAGGCCAUGAGGGACCGAGGCCGGAGCAGCGAGUCCAUUGGGAAAGCAGCCGAAGCUGCUGCUCUCGUGUCCCAGCGGCCGCAGAACCCUCGGGAGUUCUUCCGCCAACGGGAACGGGAACGGGAACGGGAGCGCUCGGGACCCACACCCGGAUCCCGGUCCCAUCGCUCCCCCUCAGGCCCCCGCCCGUUCCUCCGGUACCAGCGCAGUUUGACUGAAGCCGCUCUCAUUUUCCGCCGCCCGGAGCCGCCGGCAGCUCCUGAGCACCGGGAGAGGCACCCGGAGACCCCCCCGGGCACAGACCGGGCAGGGGCCUCACAUGGGGACAGACCCAUAGGGACAGGGACACCCCCAAGUACCACCUCUGGGACCCACAUCAGCCCUAUAGGGACAGGGAGCCCCACAAGUGCCUCCUUGGGGACCCCCUCAAUGGGGACAGGGACCCUUCCAAGUGCCACCACUGGGAUGCCCCAAAGCCCCACAGGGACAGGGACACCCCAGACUGUCACCCCUGGGACCCACAUCAGCCCUAUAGGGACAGAGACCCCCCCCAGCCCAGCUAGGGCAGGGUCCCCCCAUGCCACCAGCCCCAUAGGGACAGGGACCCCCCCAAGUGCCACCUCUGGGACCCUCACCAGCCCCAUAGAGGGGGGGACCCCUCCCAGCCCCAUGGGGGCAGCGUUGGGGUCCCCCCCCCUUCCCAGCCCCCCCCCGGCUGAGAGCCCCCCCCCGGAUCCCUGCCCCCUCCCCAGCCCCCCAGCCAUGGGGCGCUGUGGGCCCAACCUGUCCCUCCCCAUAGGGCCUGUGGGGCAGGAACUGCCCCGGCGAGACUCGGGGUACAACGGGCUCGGGGGGGGGCUCUGGGCAGCCCCCUGGGAGCGGGACCCUCCCCCACCGGAGGGCCCCCCCAUCCUGCAGGGGGAUGAGCCCAACGACAGCAGCAUCCGGCACAGGGACAAGCCAGGCUUCGCUCUGCUCCUGACCCACCCACAGCUCUUGGGGGGCUCCAGUGCCCCCCCCAAGGACGAGGAGCUCUCCCCACACGCUGUGUAAGGGGGGGCUCCAGCACCCCCUGUGUGGGGGGACCCCCAAGAACCCUCCGUGCACCUCCAGACCCCCCCGCACCCCUCCGAGCAGCUUCAGGAUGGACCCCCCCCCAGUGCUGCCUAUGGGGCCCCAGUGCUGUUAAAUACACUUUAAUGCUUCUUAA